UCCAUUUAUUAUUUGACAUUUAUUCAUCUGUAAACAACAGAAAUAGGAACCUAAAAUUUAAAUAUAAAGUUAACUGAGAUUAAAGGCUUUUUCUUUAGAAUAACGUUUUGUAAUAACAUAAUUUCGAUUAAAACUAAAUAUAUUUUGGAUCGUUACUUGUAGUCAUAACACAUCAAAUCUCUAGAACUGAUAAACGUUAUCUUAAACCUAUCGAUUGUCCCCGUUUAGUCGAUCAAAUAAAACUAAGUGGAGUAAGUGCUUGUUAGCUGUUUAAAGUGAUGACAAUGAAUCAAUAUGAGACAGAAAGACGGCUCUGCUGGAGUUAUGGUCUCUUAGCUGUUCUACUUUCGAUAUCUGUAGUGUGCAUUGCAAUUCCUUUCAAUCAUUGGCGCACAACUCUUGACGUGUGCCCAGGAGGAUAUUUUGAAAAUACCAACUGUGGAUGCAUCUUUUAUGGUAUUAGCACAUUCCAAAACUUCAAUGGUGGUCACAACUCGUACUGCUUGUAUGCUGUAUUUGCUCCUCUUCCAAUAUUAGUGUAUGCUAUUGUAAUGGCCUCAUUUCACAUGUACAGAGUUUGUAUUAACAAUGUUGGAAAAUAUGAAGGAGAAAAAUCCACAACAGUUGAAGAAAUAGAAGGAGAGACAAUAGUAGUAUCUUCAAGGGCAAGAAUAUCUCAGCACAAUGAUGCUGUUAUUUACUGUUGGAUACCGACCUCAUGUAUUGCUGCACUGUUUGCUGUUUACAACCUAGUCCAUGCUGCUAUUAUAACUGAUGGAUUUUUAAAAACGUGUAUGCAGUAUCGAGAAUAUUUAGUCCGUAACCUCAGAGCUGUUGGUGACCAGGCCACUGCCAUACAUUUCCGACUUAGUUGUCAGGCAAUAUUUGACUUUAUGGAUUACAUACAGAAAAAUGCACUAAGCAAUCGACGUGGAGAUUUCAUCAACACAGGACUGGCAUUACAGUUGGCUAUCAUUGCUUCUUGGUUAUCAGUUUGUUUAUGGAUAGCUGUUACUGUUAUGACUUCCCUAAGGGCAUAUAGAGAACGAGAUGUGCUUACUUGCUGCGGAAAAUAAAAAAAAUAUUUCUGCACUUGCAGACUUUAUAAUGUUAAAUAUUGUUUAACU